GUGGGCGGGACUUCUUCUUUGAAAGAAAGAUUCGACGACUCGUCGCCAUUUUGAAGUCCUGCGAAAAGCAGCGCUAGGUGUAAUUUCUCAGUAAUUCUUUAGAGAUUUUCGUUUAAUCACCCUUUUUAUUCGUUUCCCCCGACGAUUCAGAAAGAAAUGUCAGGAUUCUACAACCGCGGUGGCUUCGGGAUGAACAACUACCAGCCACGAAGAGGCGGCGGGCCCGGCGGGCCCAUGCGUGGCUCGCUGAUGGGAAACCCACAUUUCAGGAGCCAUCCUUUCCAGAGUCCGAACCAAAACCGGAGGGGAAGCGGCAACUUCAACAGACCGCAACAUCAGGGCAACCAGAACGCGCAAAAUAAACCGCAGCAGAACCAACCGGGAUCGGUCUCACCGAGUCCCGGUCCGGCUCUGACGAUGAAAGGCCCGAUGGAGCAGAAAACGAMCCCCCCUGCGACCCAGCCGAAGGUCCAGGUUUCAACACCCAAACCCGAAGUGACUGCCCCUCAAAAUAACCAGACGACCCCAAACCAGGGAACCCAGAACCAGCAACAGAAACCCCCGGCUAAUGCUAAUGCUAGCGAGAAGAAAGAGCCACCUCAACAGAGCCCGAAGCCAGCGGGCCCCCAGCAGCAGGCCCCAAAGCCUGCGCCCCAACAAAGCCCAAAGCCCGGAACUCCGCAGGGCCAGAAGCCGGCUGGGGGUGGACCACAGCAGGUCCAGAAACCUGGUGGGGGAGGACCACAGCAGGUCCAGAAGCCUGGUGGACCACAGCAGGGCCAGAAGCCUGGUGGGGGAGGACCACAGCAGGUCCAGAAGCCUGGUGGACCACAGCAGGUCCAGAAGCCUGGUGGACCACAGCAGGUCCAGAAUCCGGGUGGGGGUGGACCACAGCAGGUCCAGAAGCCUGGUGGGGGAGUACCACAGCCGGUCCAGAAGCCUGGUGGGGGAGUACCACAGCAGGUCCAGAAACCGGGUGGGGGUGGACCACAGCAGGUCCAGAAGCCGAGUGGGGGUGGACCACAGCAGGUCCAGAAGCCGGGUGGGGGUGGACCACAGCAGGUCCAGAAGCCGGGUGGGGGUGGACCACAGCAGGUCCAGAAGCCUGGUGGGGGUGGACCACAGCAGGUCCAGAAGCCGGGUGGGGGUGGACCACAGCAGGUCCAGAAGCCUGAUCUUCAACAGACCCCUAAACCUGAUUUCCAGCAGGGCCAAAAACCCAGCCCUCAGCAAACCCAGAGACCCGGUCCUCAGCAAAACCAGAGRCCCRGUCCUCAGCAAAACCAGAGACCCGGUCCUCAACAGAACCAGAGACCCGGUCCCCAGCAGAACCAAAGACCYGGUCCYCAGCARAACCARAGRCCYGCAAAACCAGAGRCCCGGUCCUCAGCAAAACCAGAGACCYGGUCCUCAGCAGGACCAGAGACCUUUUCCCCAACAAACUCAGAAUCAGGGAUCUACAAAAGAACCUAA